AUUGGGCCUUCUUCGAUUUCUUUUCUUCUUUCCCUCACCCACACUCUUUCUUCCAUUUCCUGCGCGGAAUUUUCCGAUUCUCAAUUCUCUAUUACUUUCUCCAUCAAAUUCUAAACCUAAAAUUUCCCAAACUCCAAAUGAAAUGGAUGCGUCGUUAGGGAACGGCUGCUCCUGGGAUUUUCUCGAUUAUAGCUUCAUUGACGACAACCCUUCCCCCGAAUUCUGUUUGCCCAAUCACGGUGCUAGCGUGGACAUUGAUUUCUCGUCCGGGCCACAGAGAGACUGCCCGGAAAGAGGGUGUUCACGGAAGAGGGCACGCAAUGAGUCAUGCAGCAGGCCAGUAUCUAAAGCUUGUCGUGAGAGGCUGCGAAGGGAAAAAUUGAAUGACAGAUUUAUAGACUUGAGUUCUGUCUUGUAUCCUGAGAGAAAGGUCAAAACGGACAAGCAUGCCAUACUUGAUGAUGCAAUCAGAAUUUUGAACCAACUCAGAUCCGAUUCUCAAGAACUUAAAGAAACAAAUGAAAAACUACUGGAAGAAAUAAAAAAUUUGAAGGCAGAGAAGAAUGAACUACGUGAAGAGAAGCUUACGCUGAAGGCAGACAAGGAAAGGAUGGAGCAACAAUUUAAAGCUAUGGCUAUUCCACCUGCUGGGUUUAUGCCAGGCCAUCCAGCUGCAUAUCAUUCUGGGCCAAACAAGAUGGCGGUUUGGCCCAGCUAUGGUUUAGUUCCAAUGUGGCAAUACUUGCCUCCAGCUGCCCGUGAUACAUCUCACGAUCAUGAGCUCAGGCCACCUGCUGCAUAGUUAUUUAACAUCGGUAUUAGAUGCAUUCUUUUACUGUUGUGCAACAUUUUUGUCACCCGUUGACAUGUAUAUAGUUGCUGUUUCAGUAGGUCUGAUUUUUAAAUUCAGCUGUUAACAAUUACAUGCAGCAUUGGCAAGAUGAGUGGGUUGGUGGCUUUUUCUUCUAAAAUGUAAUCGUUUUAGGCAACUGUCUGUGAUUUUAAGUGCACAUUAAGUAAUUCUGUCCUAGAAAA